UAAUCACCGUGCUUCGUGUUUACAUGCAUGUGUUUGAUGUUACAUUAAUGUGAUUAUAAAAUGUCUGGGUUUUAUUUAGAUCGGAUUGGACAGGUGUAUGAUCGCUACCGGAAUUAUGUAGCCCAAAACCCUGGAGCUACAUCUCAGCUGGAGGCUGCAGUCAGGACCCUGUCAUACCUCAUAGCAGGUCGCUUUACUGAUUCUCAUGAAAUUUCAGAAUUGGUGUAUUCAGCCUCUAACUUGUUGGUGUUGCUGAACGAUAACAUCCUGAGGAAGAGUCUCUCCAAAACUUUACCUGUGUCCCUUUCGCAACAGAGGCUGUUAACAUGGCUCUCAGUGGUGGAGUAUGUGGAGGUCUUUAUGGAGAUGGGUGCCGCUAAGCUGUGGGGUGAAGCUGGGCGCUGGCUGGUGGUCGUCCUCAUCCAGAUUACAAAGGCCAUCCUGCGCAUCCUGCUGCUCUUUUGGUACAAAUCUGGCAUCCAGACUUCACCCCCCAUAGCCCCCCUGGACAGAAACACAGGCCUGUACAACAGAGAUCAAGGUGAGGAAGAGGACGUCACAUUUGUAGGACAGCGCUCGGGAAGAGUGAUAAGACCCCUGAGAAAUGCAUCUUCACUGCAAUCUCGUCUUUGGGACAUUGCUAGCGGAGAGAGGAGGAGAAGAAAUCAGGAGGAAGAUCUACGUGCUAGCCCCACCCCUCUGGGCCUACAAGAGACGAUUGCAGAAUCACUGUACAUUGCUCGACCCCUCGUGCACUUGGCUGCUCUGGGGUUGUGUGGAAAACGCUCCUGGAAACCAUGGCUUAUCUCUGGCAUCCUAGAGAUAACAAGUUUCAGUCUGUUGUCGGACACCACAAAGACGCUUAACCGUUGUGAGAAAGCCGAAAUGAGAAGACGAGCCUUUCUUCUGCUCUACUACUUGCUCCGAUCGCCUUUCUAUGACCGAUAUUCUGAAGUGAAGAUCCUGUUCCUGCUUCGGUUCUUGGCUGAUUAUGUUCCUGGAGUUGGCUUAGUUGCACGUCCACUAAUGGAGUACUUACCCUUCUGGCAGAAGGUCUACUUUUAUAACUGGGGCUAAUGAAGGUCAUGCAGAACUGCACACAGAAGAGCAUCAGUGCUAAAGUUUCAUGAACAAUACACAAACAUUUGACAAUCUGACAUGGUUUCAGUUUGGUCAGCAGCGAUUUGUUUCAUAAAUACACAGAGUUCUGCUUUAAAAGUUGAUCAAUAUUGUUAUAAUCUUAGUUCUGAUUUUAUUUAGCAUUCAUAUAGGACACGUCCUUAAAUCUCUGUGCCAUGUUAUUCUUUUUAUGCAGUAUGAUUUCUUAUCAGACCAUAAUUUUGUUUUUAAUCCCAAAUUCAUUCUGUAACUUCUGUGCUUUAAAAUACCUCUGAACUCAAAUGCAUGAUUUUUAAACUUGCUUGGAUUAGCUAUUCUGAUUAUAUAGAAUUGAAUGUGGGUCAAAUUAGAGGAAACAGGGGUUGGUGGGUUGACACAGAUUUCUCUCUGUCCUGCAUUAUGUGCACAGAAAAACCUUGGAGCCUGGAGAAGCCGUCAAUUUUGGUUCUUUGUUAAUAGCAGAUACAGACAGAAAGAGCUCAGUGUUUCAGGCUUUUUGGCCAUUUUAUCACCAUUUUGAUAUAAAAUAAUGGGGAUAUUCCGCUAGCACACCAGCGCCGAGAUUCUAAACUCCUGGGUUCGAAAUUCAGCAUUGCCACGGGUCGACUGGGCACCAUGUAGCGUGCAUAAUCGGCAGUACUUGCAGCAGACACGUUUCUGCUAGGGCGGGAUGGCCAAACCAUGUGGGUGGGGUCUUCAAACACUGUGUAAGGACCCUGAUUAGCAGAUAGCGAGGCGUCUGUGCAGAGUGCAUAGGUGAAAAAGGGUUCCAAGGGCUGCGCGUGGGUCGGAGGAGGCGUAAGCAGCAAUAUACCCACCUCGAGUCCAGUCAGGGAUCCCCCAGCAGCGGAAGACAAAUUGACUACACUAAACUGGGAUAAAAUGCAUAAAUAAAAUAGAAAAAAUAAAUAAAUAAUGCAUUUUGCUAAAAGCUCCAACAUUACAUGACUCUGCAGCCUAUAAAAUAGCAGAAUGUGACUGUUUUCCUUGAGCUCUUACAGUUUACGACUCUGUUCACACAGGAAAUAUUUAUAAAAAUGUAGGUGCUUUCUGGGUGGAGGUUGUGGGGUUGCCUUCAAUCCACAUAAAAAUGCAAUUUCAGGUCACUGACGACAGAGCUUUUUGGAAAAUUAUUUCUAGAUUUAACAUUACAAGUUCAGAGGUACUUUAAAGGUUUCAUAGAUUCACUAAAUAGGAAAAUAAUUCAAACUGACUUUACUGAGCUGAGUUAAUAAUACUGUGAGUAAUUUUUAGCUAUGUACUAUUUUGGGUCGGGACUAAAUGAUGAGUGUUCUAAUUUGUAUGAAUAAAUGUAAUAAUUUUCACUGUGUGAAACAAAACUAGUUUUGAUACUUGAGUAAACUAAGCAGUGCCCCUUUCACACAUGCACCUUUAUCCAGAAAUUCACUGUGUUCUCUAAGCGAGGGAUGUUUUUGGCAUCCAUCAGAAAAUGCAUUAUUUUUUCACCAUACUGGAAAACAUGUGAAUCAAACCACUAACUAUAGAGUACAGAAAACAGUAAUAAGACAAAUGGUGUUUGUCAUGUAUUUAGUACAGAAUGUUAUGGAUUGGAACACAGCCGUAGAUGCUGCAAAGCUACUGCCUUUCCUGCAGACUGGAUAUAAGAUUAGAUAAAAUUGGCUAAAUUUGUAUUAUUUAACCCAAAAAGUAAAUUUUGGCUAUAUAAUACAGCGUCUUGUAAGUGUGAGUCCAUCCAUCAGUUUGUAUGAUCUGUUAAUGCAUCUUUCUUAUUGAAAUCAGUUGCAGCACUGCAUGUUUGACAAAUUGCAAUAGUGUCAGGGCAGCCAGUCUGUAGGACCCAAAGUUGAGUUACAACUUGAUAAAACAACGCUUCAUUUGCUUCUGCUGUAAUGUGUUAAAAAUAAACACCACCAUGAGAUUCAAGUGAUCAAGGUGUGUUGCAACCAUGAUAGGAUCUAAGGAGCUGUCACAAAAGCUGAGAGGAGAUCAUUUCAUUGCACCAUAAUGGCAGUGGGUGCAAGAUUUCCAAGACCUUCAACAUAUCUAGAGACACCAUCUAGAGUAUUGUACCGAUUUUCCUUAACUUAUGACACGGUGAAAAUGAGUGAAAAUACCCUUUAAAUACACUAUAUGGCCAAGUAUUUUGACACCUGACCAUGAGCGUCCAGCUGAGACCCUUUCAGCUAUAACAACAGCCUUUUGACUUAGACUUUAAAGUAUGUCUGUGGGAAUUUGUGCCCAUUUAAUCAAAAGAGCAUUUUUAUGGCUGGGCACUGAUGUUGGUCAAGAAAGCCUCCAUUGAUGUUCCAGUGGGACUGAAGUCAGGGCUCUGUAUAGGCUGCUGGAAGUUCUUUAAAUUGAGCUUUUCUUCAUCUUUAUAGAGCUUGCUUUGUAAACAAGGUCACAGUCAUUCUGGAACAGGAAAGGACCUUCCCUAAACUGUUGUUUUAAAAUUGGAAGCAUAUAAUUUCCUUUAUAUAAAUGAUUCAUUAUGCAUGUUAGGAAUUGUUGUGGCUGAAGCACAUAUUUUGUUCAUAUAGUGUAUAAAGAAAUUGUAUAAAGAAGUUGUUAGGAGUCACAUGGUGUCUAAGGUGUCGUUUAUGUAUGAAAGGGAGCAACCGGAAAAAUGACCAUGUCAAAACUGCAUGUGUGAAAGAUUCAAAACAGAUACUUACAAGGCUGACCUGGUUUGAUUGUAAAAGAAGGCCAUGAUAGUACGACUUGAAACACUUUGUGUACAUUUGAAUAGAACAUUUAAAUUUAAUCAUAGCAUCUCAAAAAAUAUCUAGAAUGCAUUUUGUACACUUUUAUGUGUUGAAUAAAUCAUCCAGUGAUGGGAAAAGUAA